AAUUUCCGCGCUGUCAUUAUUUCCGUUUCCACAUCUUCCCCCUCCCAGCCUCACGCCCCCGACACGGUUUUCUGUCUCUUUUUUUUUUGGUUUUGCUUUGCUUUGAGCCCCAAACAUCCAACUCGGAGCCUUCAGCAGCUUGAGGAGAGAUUUACACCAGUCAACAAUGGGGGACAUCGAGGCGCCCGACUCGACCCAGUCGCGCCAAUCCGUCCUGAAGUCGGUCCUUCCGAGCAAAGAGUUCGCUACUUCAAGAAAAGGAAUGCUGCUUAUUGGUGAAGUGGCGCUUUCUUUCAUAUCCUUUGUGUGUUUUGCUGCAUCAGCAGCAGCAGCCUUCGUGACGGUCCCCCUGCUGGCCUUCCUGGCUACUGUCUUCUUCUUGUUUGCCUACUCCACCAAAUUCAAUGAGAGGUUUCAGGGCUUCUGCUUUCCUCUCGUGGACUUCAUGAGGUGUGUGACAGCCUCCAUUAUCUUUUUCAUCAUCUCCAUCAUGGCAGUGUCUAAGUAUCCAGAUGGUUCCUCUAAAGCUGCUGGGAUCUUUGGAUUUAUCGCCACCAUUGUUUUUGCUUUAGACUUUUAUCUCAUUUUUAAUGAGCUGGCUGGCUUCCUGAAGCAAGGAGGGGAGUCCAACGAUGAGCCUUCAAGACAGAGAGAUGACUCUUCAGACUCGGACUCAGAUUGAAACUCACAAGCAGGUGUGUUCAAUCCAAACUUUGGAAAGAAGGUACCACUAAAUGCCAUCUAUGGAGGAAUGCGGGAAUUUCCUCAUUUCACGCUGCCUCACAGACACAGCAAGUAGCAAACAAUCUGACAACAGCUGGUCCCAAGUUACAUGCUUUUAUCUGAAACUCAAGAAACCUGAUGCCUUUCUUAUAUCUCUGAACUUAUCAUCAGGUUUAAAAAACAAAACUUCCUACAGGAUGUCCUGUUUUAUUCACAGAGCUGAAUCAAGGGUAAUUAUUCAAACAAUUUGGUGAUAAUUUGAUUCCAUUUAUGCCUCCUAAUGGCUUAUAAAGCUGUGAAACAGUGCUCUCUUUUUUCUCACUGACAUAACCAACAGUAAUGCCUGGGAAUGUUUUGCAUUUUGUAGCUGAAUGGUACAAACAUUUUGAGCCACUCCUUAUAUUUUUGGUAUAAUUUGCUUUGUAUGAUGGAGACUUUGCUGUAAAUUGUUCAAAUGUGUUAGUAUUUUUGCAGAAUAAACAAAACAUCACAUAAAGUUAGUGUUGCCAAUCAUUUCUGGUUGGCUGGUUACAACCUCUGUCCAACUGUUGUAUUGUGUCUGCAAGUUUUUUUUUCUUAAUAUUUGAGGUUAUCCAAACCUAUUUUUGUCAUUUUGCUUGUAUUUAUGUCCCUGAUUGAUAAUGUUUUUGUGAAAUCCCAAGAUUCCCAUCUGUCCAACCACAGAAUAUAUGAAAGACACUCAUAUGUUGUCAUGUAUCAAACACUGUCGUUCAACUUUAGCUUUGCUUUUCUGCUGCAUGUACUGAAGGCUUUUAGAAGCGGCAAAUAUGACCCAUGUGAGAAAAUGUUUUUUUUUCUUUGAAAUGGCGCUCUGUCUGGUAAAAACAUUCUCUAAGAAAAGCUGUUAAUUCUGCAGUUUAUUUACAGCUGCUGCUAUGAAAUCAUGCAUUAGAGCGCCUCAGUGGCUUUUAUUGUAAUGUCAGCUGCACUACAUGAAUGUCACAGCUCUGAAGAUGAAAAAUAUCUUAGCUCUUCCUCCAAAAUGGAAUUGCAACUAGUCGAAUUCACUGACAAAAACAUGGGAAAAUAGUGGAUUGCUUCUGCCAAAUGUACAUACUGGCAUUUUCUAGAUGUUAUAUGAACGUUAAACGGUUUUCAAAUUGUUUUAGUACCCUAAGAUGUGGAAAUAAAUGUGCAUUAGUAAUGAAGAUGGUAGGUCAGGCUCCUUUUAUUAAUUGUUGCAUGUUAAAUGUUUUGUCGUUAAUGUUUUUUAUUGCUUUGUGGGCCUGAUCAAACUCUUUAAAUAAAAGGAUCUUUUUCAAUAUUUGCUGCUUUAUUUCAUUCGCCACUAAAAGGGAUGUGUUUCAAACAUUUCAAUACAAAUAUACAAACUGGUCCUGCUGUUGUAAACCUUUACCAGAACAACACCAAAGGACAAUUAAAGAAAAGUGCAAAAGGAAAAAAAAA